GCUGCCGCUGUCUCCGCAGAGAAGCAGCGCGCCUGCCUGCUGCCCCCCGACGACGGGCCCUGCCGCGCCCUGGUGCCGCGCUGGUACUACGACCGGCACACGCAGAGCUGCCAGCAGUUCACCUACGGCGGCUGCUACGGCAACGCCAACAACUUCCUCACCUUCGACGACUGCGAGAAGAGCUGCUGGACCAUCAAGAAAGUGCCCAAAUUAUGCCGGAUGGAGGCUGAUGGAGGACCUUGCAGGAGUUAUCUAAGAAGAUAUGCCUUUAAUUUGAGCUCGAUGAGGUGUGAGGAAUUCAUCUAUGGUGGCUGUUAUGGAAAUGCCAACAACUUCAGAGAUUUGCAGUCUUGUGUGGACCACUGUCUGCCAGAAAAAACUGGCCCCUUGCUGUGCUAUAGCCCAAAGGAUGAAGGACUGUGCUCCUCUUCUGUGCCUCGCUAUUACUAUGACAUCAAGACUAAAUCAUGUAAAGAGUUCAGAUAUACUGGCUGUGGUGGAAAUGCCAACAACUUUGUCACUGAAACGGAUUGCUACAAUGUCUGUAGAAAUGCAGGAAAUCAGAAGCUGAGAAUCAACAAGCCAACAAAUGUAUCUCGCAGAAAAUUAGUGAGAAAACUGAUUAAAAAAUCUCAGCUGUAUAACCCGAAGUCAUAAAGCUGAUGUGCACUUGGAUGUUUGAAACACUUUUUGUCAAUUCCACUUUAUUCUUUUGUAAGAUAUUUUUCACAAAGUUUUAUACUGACAUAGUUCUGUGUUUCAGAGAUGCCUUUUAUGCAAUUUACUUUUUUUAUAAUGGACUGCAUUUAAUAGAAGAAUGAACCAAAGUUUGGUUCUUUUGCUCUGUUGUCUUUACAAGAAUAUUUUGUAAAGACUUCUUUAGAUUUCCAUGUUUUUAUGGCAGGAAUGUUGCUACUGCUUGGGAGAAUAUUUCAGCUGUUGCAAAUCAAUUAAAAUUU